AUGUCUCUAGUCGAUACUGUACUCAGACCCAACAUGCGGGAUCCUCUCCCCCCACCUUCGCUGCUUGUCCAAGCAAGCAAGCCCCUCGCUGACAAACUGAGCCUGACGACUCUUCCUUACCAUGUCCACGAGAUAUUCCUCGGUUUCCUCGGAUACCACUUCAUCCUCUAUGUCCUUUCGCCGGCUGUCUCGCGACUAGUAUGCCCAAAAGCCUACCAUGGCUUCAACAAGCGCACGCGACUCAACUGGGACAUUCACUGGGUCUCCAUGAUUCAGUCUCUCUUCAUAUGCGGCGCUGCGUUAUGGGUAAUCUUCAAGGAUGAAGAACGACACGCCAUGGACUGGAGGGGAAGACUCUGGGGCUACACGCCAGCAAGCGGCAUGGUCCAAGGCUUUGCUGCCGGCUACUUCCUCUGGGACCUCCAAAUAUCCACACAAUACAUCAGUAUCGCCGGCGUCAGUGCGCUCAUCCACGCCAUCGGUGCUCUGGCCGUAACCUGCAUCGGUUUCAAACCCUUUGGAAACUACUACGGUCUCUCCUUUGUCCUCUACGAGUUAUCCACCCCGUUCCUUAAUAUCCACUGGUUUUGCGACAAGCUCGGAAUGACGGGAUCCAAGCUCCAGCUCUACAACGGCAUCGCUUUGCUUGUGACGUUUUUCGGCUGUCGCAUCGUCUGGGGAACUUACCAGUCCAUUAUGAUUUACUCGGAUAUCUACAAGGCUUUGACCAUUUCACAGACUGAGAGCAUGAGUUCACUCCUGGAGGCGCAAAAAUGCGACGGAAGCACCAAUAGCAGCAUGGGUCUUGAUGGAUCUGGAAACUGCUAUGGUGACCUCCCCAUGUGGCUGGUUUGCGUCUACCUGGUUGGUAACACGGCACUAAGCAUGCUCAACUUCUUCUGGUUCAAUCAGAUGAUCAAGGCUGUCCGCAAGAGGUUUGUGCCUGCAGAUGAAAAGGCGCAAGCCAAGAAGAGCCAGUAA